AUGGUGAGCCGGGGGUCGGGCGGGCGAGGGGCGGUUAAUGGCAGUUAACGGCGGCCAGGGGCAGCGCUGCCGCCGCGGGGGUCACACGGGAGCUGGGCGCGGGAGAAAAUCCAGGGCAAGGUACCGAGGCGGCCUCCUGCCGCGGGAGGGACCGUGGGAGCCGACGGGGAACACGGGCUCAGCGGCACCGGGCCAGGCCUCGCCGAGGGAGAACUCUCCGGUGCUGCCGAGCCAAGGGUGAUCUUCACAGAAACUACUAAAGACUUCAAAGAACACAUUUUUGGCCAAAAAAAAAGUGAAAUACAUUCUGAUACAGUAAAAUGGAUCCUUGUUCCGUUGGAGUUCAGCUUCAGGCUACCAAUGAAUGCCAUAAAACAUACUAUACCCGUCACACUGGCUUCAAGACCAAGCAAGAUACAUCCUCAUCUGACCUACUGUUACUUCAGCUUAGGACUGGAAUCACCCUUUCAGAGAACAAUACAAUCUGCUUCCACCAUGCAAAAAUUUACAUCGAAAGAUUUGAAGACUUACAAAAAUCGUGUUGUGAUCCCUUUAAUAUGCACAGAAAACUCUCAAAGAAAAACUUGCGUGCAAUUGACUUAGAUGAUGCAGCUUUUCUAAGUGCCAAGUUUGGAAGACAGUUUGUACCUGGUUGGAAGCUUUGUCCCAAGUGUAUGCAGAUAAUAAACGGAAGCAUGGAUGUUGAAUCCGAAGAUCGCCAAAGAAGAAAGCUAGAUUCAGACGGGCGUACAGCUAAAGCUUUAAAGUCUCUACAGUUUGCUAAUCCAGGACGACAGACUGAAUUCACUCCUGAAACCAGUAAAAGAGAAAAGAGAAGGCUGCAAACAAAAAAUGCAUCAUAUAAUUCAGACAGGCAACUUAUACCAGCCAAGAGUAAAGUCUACGAUAGCCAGGGGCUCCUGCUUUACAAUGGGAUGGACCUCUGUGAUUGUCUCGAUGAAGACUGCCUGGGAUGUUUCUACGCUUGCCCCAAAUGUGGCUCCAACAAGUGUGGAGCCGAAUGUCGCUGUGAUCGCAAGUGGCUCUAUGAGCAAAUUGAGAUAGAAGGAGGAGAAAUAAUUAGAAAUAAGCAUGUUGGUUAGUGUAUAUGUGUGUUGUUUAUCCUGAGUAUAUAUUUAAUGCUUUAGUUAAACACAGCACAUUCAUCAUUUAGUGGUUUAAUGAAAACCAUUGUAAUUUAUCAUGAUCCACAUGAUUAAUGUGCUCACAUUCAUUUUCAGUGUGAUUAUGGAAAUAUUCUUAAUCAUACUACCAUCUUUUCACACUUCUACCUUGUCCUCACUCUUUAGUCAUACGAGUAAGUUCUCCUAGAACAGUCUUUCACUGUAUUUAAGAUGCUGAAUUUCCAUGUGACAUAUCCUGAGCCACUCACCAUCGUCCCAUAUACUGUUUUGUAUAGCCUACCAUCUCAUUUUCCUUCUCUACUUCAGGAUCUCAUGCUUUGAAUCUGCUUUAUGUGAAACAUCCUUGAAGUUCACAGUAAAUUUACAUGCAGUAUCAAUAAAGUUCUCUCUAGUAUUAAUAGCAAAUGCUGUAUCUUCUAUAGGUUAUCCCAGAUACAUCUCAUGAAUUAAAUCCUUUUCACUAAAAUGGAUUCAGAGGCAUUUGGGAGUUCAGAUCCCAUCCAAGUUACUGGGAUUUAAGAUCAAAUUAUCCUUAUGAAUUCAAGCCUCAUUGUUAAAGUGUUACAAAACUGUCAAGGUAUUGAAAAAAAUGUUGAGCUAUUUAAUUGUUGAUACUGUUUUGCUGGUUUCUGUACAACACAAUUGAAACAAUUUUGCUGUAUUUGUUAUCAGUUGGUAAUUCAUAUGGACUAGUACUUCAACAGCCCUCUCCUCUUUUUGAAUUUGUGCUUGUUUUUAAGGGAAAUGUUCAUAUGCGACUGAAAUGAAUUUGAGUAUCUGUUUCCAAGCUAAGAAUAUGUAGACAACAAUAACAAAGAGUUGAAUUUGUUUGUUUGAUGCAAUAUCUGUCCUCAGAACAUUAAAAUUUCACAGCAUAACAAGAUUUAUGGAAAAGAGAUUUUUAUAAUGGAAAUCUAAGUGACAUCAGGUGUUAAUCCUUGGUAAUGUCGUUGUGCUUUGGGUAAAUUUCCUACUUCUGUGAUAGACUUGGAAGAUCUGCAUAUUUAUUGGGUCAAAUUUAUUCAAGAAAACUUAACUACUGAUUUCUGAAGACUUAGUUGUAUAAUCAUACUAUUUGUUUAGGGUAUGUUCUAAUAAGCAUCAGGAAGGUUGAUCACUAAAACCCAAAGUUAUGCUUUGAAUUGUACUGACCCCUGCUGGUCCUAGUGAAGCAGAAGCAUCAGCUUACACUACAUUUUUGUUACAUCUGCUACAAAAAUAAACAGCCUUUCAUUUCUUGGUCA